GUGAAGAAGACAUGCCAGUUUAAACACCGACAUAGAGCGGAGCAGACACACCCGGCACAUACUGCAUAUUACUCUCUGCGGUCAUGGCCGUGAGGACGCCAUGGCUUCACCUGUUCCUGUUUUUAUGUUGCGUGCACAGCUGCCUGUCCACAGAUAAUAGAGGCUUCCCCUCUACAGAGACCAGCGAUGGCGUGUUGGUCAGCUCCCAGGCCAAACACUUCCUGAGCAGUCGCCUCACAAGCAUCUUCCUCCCAAUCAUCUACAUCAUUGUAUUUGUUGUGGGACUUCCCUCCAAUGCCUUGGCCAUCUGGGUAUUCUUGUUCCGGACCAAGAAAAAGCACCCAUCUUCUAUCUACAUGGCCAACCUGGCUCUGGCUGACCUGCUCUUCGUCAUUUGGGUCCCCUUAAAGAUAGCAUACCACUUAAACGGCAACGACUGGAUCUACGGACAGGGGUUGUGCAAAGUGCUGGUGGCGUUUUUCUACAGCAACAUGUACUGCUCCAUCGCUUUCAUCGCCUGCAUAAGCGUCCAGCGUUACUGGGCCGUGAUCCAGCCGUUCUCUCAGCAGCACAGGAGCAACAAAGUGGCUGUCGCCCUCUCCGUAACAAUCUGGGUGGUGGUUUGGCUUCUCACCAUCCCGCUCUACCUGUACGACCAGGAGGUCCGUGUUAGAGAACUCAACAUCCUCACCUGCCAUGAUGUCACCAAGCCCAGCCAGAAGAAAAUAGCAGCGGGCUACUUCCUGACGAUGGGGACAUUUGGAUUUGUGGCUCCCACCAUUGUGUGCAUCAUAUCCUACGUCCUCAUGCUCAAGGCUCUCCGGAACAGCAUGGCGGACCCCACCAUCGCCAAGAGGCGACGAAAGGCCAUCGUCUUAAUCAUCACUGUGCUGGUGAUGUUUUUAGUGUGCUUCACUCCCAGUAACAUCAUGCUGCUGGUGCACUACAUCCUCCUGUUAGGUGGAUCCAGCAACACGCUGUACGGAUUCUACAUCACCACCCUGUGCUUAGCCAGUCUCAACAGCUGCAUCGACCCUUUCAUUUACUACUUCAUCUCCGAGGACUUCAGAGAGCACGUCAAGAACACGUUUCUCUGCAGGAGCGAGCGCUCAGUGGAGAGGAAGAAGGUCUCCUUCAGCGCCCUCAAGUACUCCAAGAAGAGCAGCACGUAUACGUCCAAUUCAGGGAACACUCAGAGCACCGAGUGCUAGUGCUGCGUUCGUUUUUUUAAGCUAAUUCUCAAAUCAGAGAUUUCUUUACAGCGACUUUUUCUGUCUCUGGAGGAAAUUUGUACCUCACUGAAGCUUUGAGCUAUCUAAGUUACUGUUGUUUUUUUUUGUAAAUAUUUUUGGUAAUACAGCUGAUAUUUAAUGCACUUUGCUCGAUGCAGUCUUCUGCAGUUUUAUUGGAUUUCCUUGAGACAUAAAUGAUUGAACUUUGGUCUUUUUUUUCAUGUAUCUGAUUUUUUUUUAAAGUCCACGCUAUGAUUUUCUCUCGUCAGUGUUCUGAUGUGCCAUGAAGAGAUUUAGACCCUGGUUUAGCAUGAUGUAUGACACAAGCUUGGCAUAAUGUAUGUGUAUAUCGAGUGCGUUUUUGUACUAAUCAUUUUUAUUUGCAUAAAUAUAUUUUAAAGUUUGCCAAUAAAAGUAAAGGUACAAUGUA